AAUCAAUAAAAAAUAAUUUAAAUUCACAAAUUAUUGAUCAACAUCAUCAUAAUAAUAAGAGAAAGAAAUAUUCUAACGCAGAUAAGGAGAUGAAUAAUCUUGAUAAUAAUGAAAUAAUGAAUGGAAAUAAUGAAUUAGAAGUUGAUGAAACUGAUUGUUAUAACGAUGAAGAUGGUGAUGAUGGUGGUGAUGAUGAUGACGAUGAUGAUGAUGAUGAUAUUGUUGUUGAUGAUGAAGAAAUUAUAUUAGAUCCUAAACAAAAUCCUGAAAAUAUUCCAAUGAAUAUAUUUAAGUGUAAUUUAUGUAAUAAGUAUUUUGUUACUGCACAUGGUUUAGAAGUACAUGUUAGAAGAGCACAUAAUAAUGGUAAACGUCCAUUUGAAUGUCAAUUAUGUCAGAAAACAUUUGGUCAUGCUACAAGUUUAUAUCAACAUGAAAGUGUACAUUGUCAAGAUAGACAAUUUCAAUGUUCUCAAUGUGGUAAAACAUUUAAACGUUCAUCUACAUUGAGUACACAUUUAUUAAUACAUAGUGAUACACGUCCUUAUCCAUGUCAAUAUUGUGGUAAACGUUUUCAUCAAAAAUCUGAUAUGAAAAAGCAUACUUAUACACAUACUGGUGAAAAACCUUAUAUUUGUUUACAAUGCGGUAAAGCAUUUAGUCAAUCAUCCAAUUUAAUUACACAUUCACGUAAACAUACUGGUUUUAAACCAUUCUCUUGUUUUCAUUGUUUACGUGCAUUUCAACGUAAAGUUGAUUUAAGACGUCAUAUUGAAACACAACAUGGUACAAUAGAUUUAUGUAAAAAAAUUAUACAUUAGAAAAUAGACAAACUUCUCAUAAUCUAUUCAUCCAUCAAGAAAAUCAGAA